AUGGCAUCACCCUUCUUCAUCCCGGUAGAUAUUGCUCAUACCGCGUUGCUUCUUUCGGACGUGCAAACGCAAAUCUUACAGAGAUUCCCUUCCGAAGUCCAGAAAAACUAUAUCGGCAACAUCAAAACACUUCUUGACUACUUCAGGACUGAAAUCACCAAGCGCCGCUCGAAUAAAGCUUCUACAGCUGGAUACACUCCUUAUGACGGGGUGCCUCUCAUUGUCCAUCAUACAUUGCCCUUCAACCUCAACUCCAAUGCCUUUGUUUCACCUUACAACAAGUUAAGCAAAUGGGUUGAGCAGCUUGAAAAGGCAGGGUAUUUUGCGAAUGCACCCUCGGAUCCACACCAUCCGCAUUAUGGUAUACCGGCCGAAUUAACGCCGCCGGGUAGCUGGGGCAACAAGGAUGAAAUUGUCUUGGGCAAACUGCAGCCGAAUUGCUUUGGUUCAUCGGACUUGGUCUCAUAUCUACGGGCACGUGGCGUUCGACACAUUGUAUUAGUGGGCCUGACAACAAUGGGGAGCAUCUUAGGAUCGGCAAGAGGGGGCGCGGAUUUGGAUUUUCAUAUCAGUUGCGUGGAAGAGGGAAUUAUGGAUGAUGAUGCGGAGGUGCAUAAAUUUUUGAUGACAAAGGUGUUGCCAAAGUUUGUGGACGUAGUUGAUCUUCAAGAUAUUCUGCGGCUGUGA